AUGAUAAUUCUGACCGUGCCCGUGGUAUCUCACCUGGAGCACGCCAUUUCCGCCCGACAUUAUCACGAUAACAUUCCGACUUCCGAACUCUGUAAAGCUCCUGCAAUCCAGAGAAACCUGUCCGAGAUCCGAGGCUGGGCAUCAUCAUUUGACACGUUCUCGGCCAUCAUUGUCGCGCUACCUAUUGGGCGCAUCGCUGAUCAUCGAGGUCAACAAGGUGUGUUCAUGGUUGUUGUGGCGGGCAUCUUGAUGAGCCUCACUUGGACUCUCAUCGUUCCCACUAAUUCUGUACUGCCCAUUAAGCUGGUGUGGGCUUCUUCUGUCUUCCUCCUUGUGAGGGGAGGAGGGUAUGCUGCUCAAAUGCUACUUGCUGCCAUGGUUGCAAAAGCAUGCACCGAGGAGACAAGGACUCGGCGUCUCUACUACUUCUACUCGUGUUUCAUCUUUAGCGAGUUAGUAGGUCCUCCAGUGGCAUCUAUUGCUUCUGACAUUCCACCAUGGCUGCCCUUCUCCAUGAGCUACUUCUUACUAUUUUUGACCUUUCCCCUCCUUUCGGUCAUGCCAAAGGAUUAUAUAGCUCCGUUCUCUGCGGCCAUUGACUCGACUGAAGACCCGCCAGGCCACAGGAUCCUCCGGGCAGUUCUCCAUGCGUUACUCGAUCAAGUCCAUCUUCUCCGCUUCAUGCUCCCAAGUCACAAUAUGGGAUCGGCUGCAGUAGUAUUUCUCAUCAGCACAUUGAGAGGCAUCUCACUCCGCGCUCUAGUACAGUAUGCGUCCUUUCGUUUUGAUUGGAAGACAAACGCUCUCAUUGGCGAAGUCGCUCUUAUUAACUUGGUCUUAUUCUUUUUCACGAUGCCUGUUUUGUUACGCAUCGUUAGCAAAUACCUGAAGUCCACGCCCCAGGUCCUGAAUCAUGGAAUUGUCAGGGCUAGCCUGUCGCUGCUCUUCCUGGAGUCACUACCACAAAUUCGGCCUCUCUGA